GCCCAAUCUGGUUAGACAACCUCUACUGCACGGGCAGAGAGACAUCGAUAGCUCAGUGUACCUCCAACGGAUGGGGUGUGUCAGACUGCAAGCACACCGAGGAUGUGAGUGUGGUCUGCAGUGAAAAGAGGAUACCUGGCUUCAGGUUUGAGGACCCUCUGCUCAAUCAAAUAGAGACGACAUAUUUGGAGAUCUGGCUUGUGUUUUCCCAGACUAGUGGAAAAGCGAAGACAUCAGCAAGCAGAAGGAAGCAUAAAUACUGGGCUUAUUCUGUGAAUUGCAAAGGCACCGAAUCACAUCUCUUUAGUUGCAAAAUGGGUGAUCGGAUCAUGACACUUGGCGGGAACGUUACCUGUGAGAAUGGGAUCCCUGCGGUGCACCUUCUGGUGAGGCUAAAGGGUGGAGCCCAGGUUGGAGAAGGCCGCCUUGAAGUGUUGAUGAAUGGGGAGUGGGGAACCAUUUGUGAUGACGGGUGGGACUUACGUCACGCCAGCGUGGCCUGCCGAGAAUUGGGCUUCGGAACCGCCAAGGAGGCUAUCUUGGGUGCAAGACUUGGACAAGGCAUUGGUCCCAUCCAUCUCAACGAAGUGGACUGCACAGGGUUUGAAAAGUCUAUUACGGACUGUAAGUUCAGCAAGGAGAUCAGGAGCUGCACCCAUGAAGAAGAUGCUGGUGUGAGAUGCAACAUCCCAGCAAUGGGCUUCCAAAACCAGGUACGCUUGAGUGGCGGCCGCACUCACUACGAAGGCCGUGUGGAAGUUCUCCAGGAGCACAAUGGCACGCUCAUAUGGGGGUCCAUCUGUGGUGAAGGAUGGGAUAUAAUGGACGCCAUGGUGGUUUGUCGCCAGCUGAACCUUGGCUAUGCUAGCCAUGCAUUCCAGGAAACCUGGUACUGGUAUGGGGACACUGGUGCAGACAAUGUGGUCAUGAGUGGGAUGAAGUGCUCUGGGAUAGAAAUGGCUUUGUUCCACUGUCCUCAUGAUGCCAAGGUCUCCUGUCCCAAGGGAGGUGGACGCUAUGCAGCUGGUGUUUCCUGUACAGAAACUGCGGCGGAUCUCGUUCUCAAUGCCAAGGAGGUGGAACACACAUCCUAUCUGGAGGAUCGCCCCAUGCAUGUGCUGCAGUGCGCCAUGGAGGAGAAUUGCCUGGCCUCCUCUGCGGUCAAUACCUCUGUGUCCAGUGGUCAAAGGAGACUCUUCCGUUUCUCCUCCCAGAUCCAUAACAAUGGGCAGGCUGACUUCCGUCCCAAAACGGGCCGCCACGCUUGGAUCUGGCACGAAUGCCACAGGCAUUACCACAGCAUGGAAGUCUUUGCCCACUAUGAUCUUCUGGAUAGCAACUGGACUCAAGUUGCUGAAGGCCACAAAGCCAGCUUUUGCCUGGAGGACAGUGACUGCCUAGACGGUGUCCAGAAGCAGUACGAGUGUGCAAAUUUUGGGGAGCAGGGGAUUUCUGUUGGAUGCUAUGAUGUGUACCGGCAUGAUAUUGAUUGCCAGUGGAUUGACGUUACAGAUCUCAAACAAGGAGACUACAUCUUCCGGAUCAUUGUUAAUCCAAACUUUGAAGUGGCAGAAUCUGAUUAUUCCAACAACGUUAUGAUAUGUAAUGUCAGGUACGGAUUACAGCGUGUGUGGGUGUUCAACUGCCAUAUAGCCAACUCUUACUAUGAGCCAGACCAGAAAGAAUAUUUCAGUGGACUUUGGAACAAUCAGGUGUUUUAACUUUAGACCCUCAUGGCUUUUCCCAUGAUUUCCCUAACCACUGCUCGGAAAACCGAAGUAUCAAGCAACCAACCAUGAACACUCACGUUAGCUCUGUAAGUUAUUUUUCAAGGGUGUUACUCCAAACCUACUUUGCCAUGUUUAGCAGCAGAAGACGCAACGGCAGACUCACGUUUCACACCCGUUCCAAGAGAAGGAAGGUUUUGCACUAGUUGUAUGACUUUGCUUCCCUCCAGGUACUUCCAACAAUUGCAAACUCUCUCACACACACCCUUGGUCCACUGCAGCGUCUGAAGGGGCAUCUGACUGAUAACUCAGCAAGGCAGUUGGGUGCUCAGAGU